AGUAGAUAGAGAGACCAAAACGAAAGAAAAAGUAGAGAGGAAAGAAUUGACAAAAAGAGAGAGAGAGAGAGAUAGAGGGAGGAAGAAGCUGGGAUCACAUGGGCUUGUUGUAGUUGUUGUCUCUCUCUCUCUCUCUCUCUCUUUCUAACUUGUCACUCUCCUCUCUCUCUCUUUUCUCUCAUUCUCUUUGGUUCGCUGAGUCUUUCUUUCUUUCCUUUUGCCUUAUCUAGUAUCGCCCCAACAUCAACAUGAUCUCUCAGCCUAAUUUCUGAAACAAAAAACACACUUGAUCACCUUCAUCUUUCUUUCCUUUUCUCCAUCCAUGGCUGAAGAUAAGGAAAUGAAUGCCCGUGUUGCUGAUGGGAACGAUCCAGUCACCGGUCAUAUAAUUUCGACCACAAUUGGCGGUAAGAACGGAGAGCCAAAGCAGACCAUCAGUUACAUGGCGGAGCGGGUUGUGGGAACAGGGUCGUUUGGUAUAGUCUUCCAGGCAAAAUGUUUGGAAACUGGGGAGACGGUGGCGAUAAAGAAGGUUUUGCAAGAUAGAAGAUAUAAGAACCGAGAAUUGCAGUUAAUGCGAGUGAUGGAUCAUCCUAAUGUUAUUUCGUUGAAGCACUGUUUCUUUUCUACAACAGAUAACAAUGAGCUUUUUCUUAACUUGGUUAUGGAGUAUGUUCCCGAGAGCAUGUAUAGGGUUUUGAAGCAUUACAGCAAUGCAAAACAAGCAAUGCCACUUAUCUAUGUGAAACUUUACACGUACCAGAUUUUUAGGGGACUGGCUUAUAUCCACACUGUUCCUAGAGUUUGCCAUCGGGAUUUAAAGCCCCAAAAUCUCUUGGUUGAUCCUCUUACUCACCAGGUUAAGCUUUGUGAUUUUGGAAGUGCAAAAGUGCUGGUCAAAGGUGAAGCUAAUAUAUCAUACAUAUGUUCCCGAUUUUAUCGGGCUCCAGAACUUAUAUUUGGUGCCACGGAAUACACGACAUCAAUUGAUAUAUGGUCUGCUGGUUGUGUGCUUGCUGAGCUUCUUCUUGGCCAACCACUGUUUUCAGGAGAAAAUGCUGUGGACCAACUUGUAGAAAUUAUCAAGGUUCUUGGCACUCCAACAAGAGAAGAAAUUCGCUGUAUGAACCCGAAUUAUACUGAUUUUCGGUUUCCACAGAUAAAGGCACACCCAUGGCACAAGGUUUUCCAUAAGAGGAUGCCUCCAGAAGCAAUUGAUCUUGCAUCACGGCUGCUGCAAUACUCACCAAGUCUCCGUUGUACAGCAUUGGAAGCAUGUGCACAUCCCUUCUUUGAUGAACUCCGAGAACCCAAUGCUCGCCUACCAAAUGGCCGCCCUUUACCAGCUCUCUUCAACUUUAAACAGGAGUUAAAUGGGGCUUCUCCUGAGCUUGUUAACAAGUUGAUACCGGAUCAUGUGAAACGACAAAUGGGUUUAAAUUUAAUGCACCUGGCUGGGACAUGAGCAGUGAAGUGGUAUGGGAUUUGAUAUCUGGCAGUUAUUUCUGUGAUACAAAAGGGGGGAGUGCUCUUUGUGUUUUGAUCAUCAUGAGGUCUGACCAGCAACAAUUCUCUCUACCAGGAUACAUAAAGGAUCAGGCGGCUGGAUAGCUGUAGUUUCUUCAUGUUUUCUUCUCCCACAUUGUUUCUCCCAUAUCCCAUCCCCUUUUGUCAAAUUCCUUUUUGUUAAUGUACAUGUUUGAUAGUAAAGAUAGCCUGAGGUGCACUUACCAGAUAGCUACUAGCAAGAGGUAAAAGGUGAAGUGUUCAUCCGUAUAGCUAGGAAGAAGGCCCCAAAUAGGAAGAAGGCAGAAAAGGGGUGGUGGGUGUUGGAUGCGGGGGAUUGUUUUUUACUUGCCUGUGUUGUUUCCAAUUAGCUUUUGGUGAUUUGUGGUGGCUGACAUAAAUUAAUCUCAGACAAUUGUCAUCGCUCCCUGUUUGUGCAAAAGUAAUGCUAUUGCGUUCUCUUGUAGCAGCUGUACUUGUUCCAACCUUGUACUUCCGACUUCAGUUUUAAUAUUGGCAUGUUUGUGUA